CCCGGCGAUUGGCUCCCCCCGCUCAGCCCAGCGGCUAUUUCUCGGCUGUCGGGCUCGGAGGUGGCAGAAGGCGACAGGGAGAGGUGUGUUUCCCCCCCCGCACCGCUGUCCCCCGGGGGUGUGAGGAGGGUGCCCGCACCCCACGCCCGCCCCGGCCAUGGGGGGCUGGUCCCGCAGCGCCUGGAUUUUGCCCCUUUUCUUGGCUGGGUUCAUCCAGCCGGGGCAGAGCCAAGAGAGGGAGAAGGUGAAAUGCUACAGCUCAGUGCAAGGCACCAUUUAUGACUACGGGGCCCUGACCAUCGAUGGGGACGAGUACAUCCCCUUUAGGAAUUAUGCAGGGAAGAUGGUGCUCUUCGUCAAUGUGGCCACAUACUGAGGCCUCACCCUGCAGUACCUCGAACUGAAUGCACUACAAAAUGAACUGAGACCCUAUGGGCUCGUCGUCCUGGGCUUCCCCUCGAACCAAUUUGGGAAGCAGGAACCUGGCCAGAACUCAGAAAUCCUCCCUGCACUGAAGUAUGUCCGGCCAGGGGGUGGCUUUGUUCCCAACUUCCAGCUCUUCCAGAAAGGAGAUGUGAACGGGGCAAAAGAGCAGAAGAUCUACACCUUCCUGAAGAAUGCCUGUCCCCCGGUGGCGGAAGAGUUUGGGAACCCCAAGAACCUCUUCUGGGAGCCCCUGCGGAACCACGACAUCAAGUGGAAUUUUGAGAAGUUCCUGGUGGGCCCCGAUGGCGUGCCUGUCAUGCGCUGGUACCACCGCGCCAACAUUGCUGUCGUGAAGAACGACAUCAUCACCUACAUGAGGCAGCAGCAGCAGCAGCAGCAGCAGCGGCAGGCGAUGCCAGCCUAGAGGGUGGCUUCCCCCUCCUGCUGGCACCCCCUCGCUGAUGCAGGGCUGCUCCCUCUCUGUCCCCAGCAGCAGAAGCCAAACGCCGAGCCAGCACGCUGCCCCCUCCAUUGCUCUGGUCUCUGCCAGCCCCCACCUGGGAUGUUAGGCUGGGCAACCCAGUGGCAGAGACCUCAGUGAUGGGAGGGGGACGUUUCCCAAUAAUCCCAUGCUCCACCUCCAGCCCUGGCCGUGACACCUUAUCCUGGCCCCCAGCUUGCCCCCCCGCCUUGCCAGACAGCAGGGGGAUGCAGGGGCCAGCCGCCCCUGGAGAAGACCACGUCUCCAUGAAGGCUUAGCCCGAAAGCCCCUGGUGUGGGGCGGGCCUGGCCUGAUCCUGCCAGGCACGGAGCAGCUCUUCAGUGCAUUCAAGCUGCCUGUGGUCCCAGUGCAGAGACAUGCUCCUCUCCCACCCAGGGACAGCUAGCCCCUCGCUUCCCACCAUAAGGAAUGCCAAAUAAAGGCUCUGCAAACGCA